AUGGUGUCUUUAGAACAACAGUGGAAUAAGGCAAUUUUAAGCUUAAAUCAAAAUAAAGAAGGAUUAGAAGGUUUAAUACAAUCAACAAAGGCUUGGUUGGUGGUCACUGGCUGGUUAAACCCUAGCAUUUAUAGCAUCGAUCAAGAAAUUCCUGCUGAUGUUAAGGAAUAUUUACAAAUUCUUAUACAAACCCCAUUAGCUAAACGUUUGGUUGAAUGGUACCUCGAUGCCAUUUGUCAAAAUUUUAGAGAAUGUUUUGAUAAGAAAUUGCAUCAAUGGCGUGAAGCGUGGGUACAAUUACAAAAAGAGAAUAUUAAUUCUUCCGAAAAAGAUCAAAUGUUUGACGAUUGGAUAUGUAAAUCUUACACUGAUUUUAUAAAUAGUAUUUAUUCUCAUUUUAAAAAGUGUCAACAUCCAUUACUACUUAUAGCAGCAAGUGAUGAAUCUAUGAAAGAAUUUCGAAUUCGAUAUUAUACCAUAUUAUAUUCCUCAUUAAAUGACAAAUCAGAACCUAAUUCUACCAUACCAUCCUUAUUUAAAGAGAUGACCAAAAUUUUUUAUUGUUCCUUUUUUCGUAAAUAUAAUAACUUUAUGAAAUAUAACCUUCCCAAUUCUUCUGGAUCAUCAUCAUCAUUGCUUUUCAGUAUGAAUCAACAACAAAAUGAUAAGUUUGAAAGUAUUCUUUUCGCUUGGAAAUCAACAGAUGAUAUCAAUGUAUUAUUUUCAAAAAGAGAAAAUAAUCUUGAUAAUGAAGAUAAUUCAUUCUCGGUAAUGGAGUUGGAUGAUGUAGAUUUUGAUGAACUCGAUAUCUCGUUACCAAUAGAAGACGAGGAAAAGUUUUUAGAGGAUCUAAACCUUUAUAUUGUUGGCUUUUCAAAUUUAUGUAGACAAAUGCAUUCAUUGGAUUUAAUGAAACGUACAAAUGAUGUUUUAGAAGAAUUAUUAUGUGAAGAGAUUGAAUUAAAAAUUCAGAAUACUUGUAAAAGGACUUUUGAUAAACCUAUGCUUAGACGUUCUACAAAAUGGUUAUAUUCUACGGUCUAUCCUUGGUUACAAAUCAUACUAUCCUGCAAUUCCCAUCUUUCACAUGGAUCUGUUGAAGACGAAUUGGUGACUUGGUCAAAACGAUUAAAUUAUCAUUUUUGCAUGGUAUUCUGUGACUCUAGGAUUUCAGAAUUAUUCGAUGUUAUUGUAGAUUUCCCGGAUUCGAAAAUCGCUAUUGAUGAUUUAAUUAUGUGUAUGAAAAGAUUAGACAAAGAUUAUAGACUUCGACUUGUCGAAUCUCUCCAUAUAGCAUUUCGUAAAAGGUUGUUAAUCCCGGGAGCCGGUACAAUGGACAUAAUUAAUACAUAUAUUUCUACUAUAAAAUGCUUAAGACUAUUAGAUCCAUCUGGGGUGCUUUUGGAAAAAAUCACGGGACCAUUUAGAAGUUAUCUAAGAACACGGGAAGAUGCUGCUAGAUAUUUAGUAAGCAAUUGGAUGGAUGAUAAAAAUGGAAAUAAUGAAUUGAUUGAAGAGUUGGGCCGUACUGAAGAACCUAUGGAUAAUCAACAGAAUGUUCGGUUUAAUGAUGAUAAUUGGUUACCGGAUCCAAUGGAUGCUGGCCCAGGUUAUAAAUCGUCGAUGUAUCGAUCUGCCGAUAUAACAAAUUUACUUGUUAGUUUAUUUGAUUCUACAGAAUUAAUUACAAAAGAAAUACAAAAUCAAAUGGCAUCUUAUUUAUUAACUAAAACUGACUAUGACACAGAGAAGGAGCUUAUUAAACUAGAAUUAUUUAAACUUCGAUUUGGGGAAGCAAAAAUGUCGGCAAUCGAGGUUAUGAUUAAAGACAUUGCCGAUUCAAAAAGGAUUGAGUCAUUUAUUCGUAGUAAUGAUAAUCCAGUCAGAAGAAAUAUUCCGGAGGAGGUUAUUCUGGCCUACUCUUAA